GAGUUGUACUGUUUUAAUCACAUGGGAAGCAGCCCUGAUUCUCUUUCUCAGUGGGCUCCAGAAUGGCGGCCCAGCUGGAAUAAUCUACGGUUUCAUCCUUAUAUGGAUUGGCAAUCUUUCAGUCUUCUCGACACUUUCAGAACUAGUAUCAAUGGCCCCUACUUCUGGAGGGCAGUAUCAUUGGGUUUCUAUGCUCGCACCGCCGUCGUGUGCCAAAUUUUUGAGUUAUCUAACUGGCUGGCUUACACUCGGAGGAUGGCAGGGCUCUGUUGCCUCCGGUGGAUACCUAACGGGGACUAUGAUCCAAGGUCUCAUUUCCUUAACUAUACCAAGCUACAUACCUCAUGGGUGGCAAGGUAUGCUUCUCUUUUGGGCUGUAAUACUAUUUGCCGUCUCCAUCAAUACAAUAGUCAGCAGUCUUUUGCCCAAAUUUGAAGGACUGAUCCUCAUUCUGCAUAUUUGUGGGUUCUUUGCCAUCCUGAUCACACUCGUGAUUCUUGGGCCACAUGAUACAUCUAAGAAUUUAUUUACAGUCUGGCUGAAUAGUGGCGGAUGGUCGACCCAGGGCCUAUCAUUCUUUGUUGGACUUACUGGCAACGUUUUUGCUUUCGUCGGCGCGGAUGGUGCAUUCCAUAUGUCCGAGGAAAUCCGUAAUCCGUCUCUCGUUGUGCCACGAGCAAUCAUGCUGAGUAUCAUAAUAAAUGGCAGUAUGGGCUUUGCCAUGGUCAUUGCUUUGCUUUUCUGCAUUGGGGAUAUCGAUGCAGCUCUCGCAACAAACACUGGAUAUCCUUAUAUGGAGAUAUUCCUUCAAGCAACAAGAUCGGUUUCAGGCGCUGCAGUCAUGGCAUCUAUUAUAGCUAUACUAGGCAUCUGCGCUACCGUCGGUACGCUGGCUUCCACAUCUAGAAUGUUUUGGUCUUUCUCAAGAGAUCGAGGGCUUCCAGAAUGGCGCACUCUUCAAAAAGUCAAUACUCGUACCACUAUACCAUUGUAUGCAAUCGCCGUAACAACAGUUAUAGCUUGUCUCCUCUCGAUAAUUACUGUUGGGUCUGCCACGGCCUUCAAAGACGUCAUAUCGUUGUCGGUGUCUGGCCUAUACAGUUCGUAUUUGAUCUGCGCAGUUCUUCUACUCUACCGUCGAGUUACAGGGGGACUUCAACACGUGACUACGAGCGAAGUUUCCAUAGCCAGAACUAUCGCGGAGGGAAAGUUGACUUGGGGUACGUUGAUCUGA